AUGACAACACCAAAUCGUCCAUUAGCAUCAGAAGAAGUCUAUGGUGAAAAAUGGGAUCGAUGCAUGACAGAUACUAUGGUUAAAGCAGCUUCGGGUCUUGCUUUGGGUAUUGUAUUCUCAGCUGUUCUAUUCAAACGUCGUCCAUGGCCUGUUUUCUUGGGUACUGGUAUCGGUUUAGGAAUGGGAUAUGGUAAUUGUCAAAAUGAUUUUCGUUCACCAUAUGUUCAUUCUCAACCAUUAACAUUAGCUAAAGCUCAUGAACAUAUAUUAACAAAAUCGUCAAACAGUGGAUGA